AUGCCUCAAAGACUCCCACGAAAUCCGUUCGCCAGCUCUACCAGCAGUGCGGUUGCCAUACCCUCCGCAGACAAGUCCGCCCACCGCAGACCAUCCACCUCGAAAGGCAACCGACUCGCCCAAUUCUUCUCGUCCUCGCCCAAGAGCAAGGAGCAGCAGUCUGCGCAAGCGGCACUGUUAUCUGCGGUAGCAGCCCAACAACAGCAUCUCCUUAAUAACCCCUCUCCACAAAUCAGCGCGCCCUCCUUGUCAUUGCCUACCAUCUCCCUGUCUACUGCUAAAGCCGGCGAAGCCAACAUGGAUGAACCCCCAACCACUCUCUUCCAGCCGCCAUCGGUCGCAGAAGCGAAAAGACAGGCCAAAAUCGAUGCUCAAUUCGGACCUCUUGGGAGCCAGAACCAUCGAUAUGUCAGUAAGCAUGUGGGCGGAGAGCUUACCGAACCAGUUAUGGACGAACCGCCCUACUAUUACCUCUUGACAACAUACAUCAGUUAUCUUAUCCUAAUCAUAUUUGGUCACGUAAGAGACUUCUUUGGAAAGCGAUUUAAACCGGAACACUACAGGCAUCUCCAACCAGCCAAUGGCUAUGCUGCUUUAAAUAGCGACUUCGAUAAUUUCUACGUGCGGCGGUUGAAGCUGAGGAUCGAGGACUGCUUCGCUCGACCAAUCACAGGAGUUCCCGGCAGAUAUAUUACCUUAAUGGACCGAAAAACAGACGACUUCAACAAGCAUUUCCAAUUCACGGGCACCUACACCGAGACACUGAACAUGAGCUCAUACAAUUAUCUUGGAUUUGCCCAAUCAGAAGGCCCUUGCGCAGAUUCCGUGGAGGAGUCCAUCAAGAAGUAUGGGAUUAGUUCCACUAGUCCUCGAGCUGAUACUGGUACCUCCGACCUGGCCCUAGAGGUGGAAGAUAGAGUCGCAAAAUUCGUCGGUAAGCCAGCGGCGAUGGUAUUUUCUAUGGGCUUUUCUACAAAUGCUACCUCGUUCCCUGCUUUGGUUGGCAAGGGCUCGCUCAUCAUCUCGGAUGAGCUGAACCACGCAUCUAUCCGCAUUGGAGCUCGACUCUCCGGUGCAAUGAUCAGCUCGUUCAAGCACAAUGAUAUGGCCGACCUGGAGAAAAAAUUAAGGGAGGUCAUUUCCCAAGGACAACCUCGUACGCACCGGCCCUGGAAGAAGAUUUUGGUGGUGGUUGAGGGUCUUUAUUCCAUGGAGGGGACAAUGUGCGACCUGCCGGGUCUGCUGAAGCUCAAGAAGCAGUAUAAGUUCAAUCUAUUUAUCGAUGAAGCUCACUCUAUUGGCGCCCUGGGUCCGCGCGGCCGUGGCGUUUGCGAUUACUUUGGCAUCGACCCCUCCGAGAUCGAUAUCCUGAUGGGUACAUUGACGAAGUCCUUUGGCGCCAAUGGAGGUUAUGUUGCAGCCGAGAAGCACAUUAUUGACAAGCUACGGGGGAUGAAUGCGGACACCCUAUAUGGCGAAUCACCCACCCCACCCGUCCUCACACAGAUUGCGACCGCACUGAAAAUCAUCUCUGGUGAUCUAUGCCCAGGGCAAGGUGAAGAGCGUCUUCAACGCAUUGCGUUCAACUCCCGGUACCUUCGCCUUGGAUUGAAGCGGCUAGGAUUCAUUGUAUAUGGCCAUGACGACUCGCCGAUCAUUCCCCUUGUACUAUACAAUCCCGCCAAAAUGCCUGCCUUCUCCCAUGAAAUGCUCCGGCGCAAGAUCGCCGUUGUUAUUGUCGGAUAUCCUGCUACACCACUGAUCUCUUCUCGAGCCCGUUUCUGCGUCUCCGCCGCUCACAACAAGGAUGAUAUGGAUCGAGUCCUCGCUGCUUGUGAUGAAAUCGGCAAUGUUCUCCAGUUGAAGUUCUCCACCGGCAUCGCUGGCGGCGCCGAGCACCUCCCUGAUGGUGUUACCCCUGAGAUGGAGGCAGAGUGGCGAAAAGCAAACGGCCUUCAAGGGGUCGUUAACGCCCCGCGCUGGUCGUUACGGGAAGUCAUCGCGAAUGGCGUACAAGAUGUGAGACAGCCGCUACGGUGA